AUGGCUUUGCCAGCUGCAGCAGCUGUUUUGCUUGAUGAGAACAUGCAGAUACAUAAAGAAAACAGGGUUGAUGCACCAAGGGCCAAACCACUCAAAUCAUCAGCAAAACCUGAGAGGAAGGCUCUUCAGGAUGUGUCUAACAUUCCUAAAGGCACUGCUUUAAAGAACAGAUCCACCAUCAAAGAGAGGUCCACCUUGAAAGAAAGGCCUGCACUUCACGACGUGUCCAACAACCUCAAAGAGAGGUCCAUCCUGAAAGAGAGGCAUCCUCUUCAGGAUGUGUCUAACACCCGCAAUGAGAGGUCCAUCCUGAAAGAGAAGUCUGCUCUGCGUAGCCAUGAAGUGAUUAAGAACCCAGUGAAUAUUUUUGCUGAUGAUGAAGAGACCAAAAGGUGUCAUGAAUGGGCUAAGGAUGGGAUUGAGGGCACUCACUUCACUGGAAAUGAUUCUCAGAAGUUGGAUAAAGAUGCUCAAGACAAACGUGUCAAGAAGAAAGUGGCGAAAGUUAUAUCAGCAUUGCAUGGCUGGUCACAUGAGGUAUUUGAUCCUGUGAUGUUUCCGGCUGCGGAGGUUCCCAAGUUUUCUGAAGAAUUGAAAGAGCUGGAGCUGGAACCAGAGAUUCUUCCAGACAUCACUUGGUGUCUCUCUACCUCAGGCAAGAGGGAUGAUGCACCAAGGGCCAAACCACUGAAGCCAUUACUGAAGCCUAAGCUUCAAGAACAGAAGGCUCUUCAGGAUUUGUCUAACACCGUCAAAGGGAGGCCUGCUCUGCGCAGCCAUGAAGCUGUGAAGAACCCAAAGCUGGAUAAGGACAUGGAAGACAAACGUAAGAAUCUAAGUCUUGUGAUUCCUCUUGUGAAGAACCCAGUGAAAAUAUUCACUGUUGAAGAGACCAAAAAGUGUCAUGAAUGGGCUAAUGAUGUGUCGGAGGGCGCUCAAUUCACAGGAAAUGAUCCUCAGAAGCUGGAUAAGGACGGGGAAGACAAACGUGACAAAGCACAGCUGGUUGAAGGUUCUCCUACUGAUGAUGAGCUUGACGACUACCCAUUUCUGGAGCUUGACGACUACCCAUUUCUGGACAACAAUCCUGUUAACUUUGAGCUGAAAGAUGAGCCAGUGAUUCCAGAUAUUGGAGCAAACUGA